CUACCGUACUGCAGUAUGACGGGGUACCAGUUAACUACACUUCAGGAACUGAUGGAUGAAGCAUAUUUAGAGCACGAUGCCUACUGUUUGUUUGAGGGGGUCAUGAAAGGUCUGGAGCCGUGGUACAUAGUUAGUGAACAUCUGCAGCAACCAGAUCCUCGCUCAAACAUUAUAAAUGCUCAGCCGUUUGCACGACCACAGGAUAUAGGACCAACCAAUUUAUUAGUUCAAAAAUUAACAAGUAUCCAUGACAACUUGCUGCAACGCCACGACGUAGCAUUGUAUAACCAUCUUGCACGUUUGGAGAUUCCUCCACAAAUAUAUGGAAUCCGAUGGGUACGCUUAUUAUUUGGGAGGGAGUUUCCUUUACAUGACUUGUUGAAUGUAUGGGAUGCUAUUUUUGCUGACUGUCAGGCAGCAUUCCCUCUUGUAGAUUUUCUCACAGUGGCUAUGUUGUCUUUCAUCCGUGAACCUUUACUUGGUGGAGAUUACACUACCUGCUUAAAUUUCCUGAUGCGGUAUCCAGCGUCUGCAGAUGUGCAGUACAUAAUAAUGCUGGCCUUACACCUACGUAAUCCAAAACAAUAUCCAAAGCCAGCAGGUUACUCUGGUGCUGCCUCCAGGCACAUUCCUACUGUUGGAGGGAGACCAGAUGUACAUCGGGGCCCUCAGAUAGUGGCAACAUCUGCACCACGUCAAACGAGGUUCAUCCAGUGUCCCUAG